AUGAGUAUUCAAUAUCCGUCUUUUGACACUAUUUCUCCAGAAGAAGCCUUUUCUUUAGGAUGUUUAAAACGUAUUGAUUCAAGAAAUGAUGUUUUUUUAUUUCAAAAAUCCAUUGCUUACUCGAGAAUUACUGAUUUUAUUAAAGUCUUAAAUUUGGCACUCCCAGGGACCAAAUUGACAGACUAUAUGAAUGAAUCUGAUGAAAUAAGAAAGAUAUUAUCUGUAUUAGAUGUGGUUUCCUCUUGGAUAGAAGAAAUUCCUCCAGAAAAAGGCCCUAAACGGUUUGGAAAUAAGGCAUUUCAGAAAUGGAUUGAUCGCCUUGAAAAUGAAGCUCUUGUUUUAUUGAAAAAAUUUCUUCCAGAUUGGAUUUAUCCAGCUUUAAAUGAACUCUAUCCAUAUUUUACGGGUGGAUUUGGUCAUGGAAAAAGAUUGGACUAUGGUACUGGACAUGAACUUUCUUUUACAGCAUUUCUUUGUGGUCUUUUGUUGUUGCGAUUUUUUAAAUUAGAUCGGGAUGAAGUACCAAUAGUCUUAAGAAUAUUCAACAAAUAUUUUGAAAUUAUAAGGACACUGGUAAUAACAUACAAUCUUGAACCAGCUGGUUCUCAUGGAGUAUGGGGAUUGGACGAUCAUUUCUUUUUACCAUAUGUGUUUGGAUCUUCUCAAUUAUCUUGUACAAAUGUCACUGUUUUACCCAAAGAUAUUUUAGAUAAAAAUAUAGUUAAACAACAGAAAAGCGAAAACUUAUAUUUUAGUGCAAUUAGUUUUAUUAAUGAUGUUAAACAUGGCCCUUUUUAUGAACAUUCCCCUUAUUUAUAUGAUAUAUCUGGAAUAGAAUAUUGGAAAAAAGUUAAUCAAGGUAUGUUAAAAAUGUAUUAUGCAGAAGUACUUGGAAAAUUCCCUGUGAUACAACAUUUUCUUUUUGGAAAUAUAUUAUUCCCAUUUGAUCCUGUUCAAAAUUGA